AUGAGAAAUAUAGCAAUUAUAUCAUCACAAUUUGGUUAUUUCAUUGGUACAUAUCCAACACAAACAAUUGGUGUAGCAUUAAUACUUUGCUUUUCAAUUCUUAUCACAUUCGUAUUUCAUCCGCCAAUUAUCGAAACGGAUAUACGACACGGAUUUGUGCACCGGAACAGUCGAGCAGUUCUUGAAUUUCAGCGUUUCGCAGAAUUUUAUAAUUCCUCAUGGAUGGAUAUUGAAAUGAUGGUUGUACUGAUUAAACCAAAAUAUUCAAAUGAUAAGGUUCUCCAAAUUACACCUCAAUUAUGUGACCAGAUAAAACAACUUGAAUUACACAUUCAAUCAUUCGAAGUCCCAAAUAGUGUGAAACCAAUUAAAUAUAAUGAAUUUCGUGUACCUGGUGGUAACCUUAAUUACUUCUUCGAUGCUUUCAAGUUCGGCUAUGAUCUUUUAACUCGUCAAAAUAAAACAGAUGGAUCAGUUGUGUUGACAUACCCACAAGGAUCAAUUUUUGGUCAUCAUGUCUCUCUGGCGUCACAUUUUUUUGGAGUUAAACUUGUUGAAAAUUACACAGAAAAGGGUUUACCAACAGCAAUGGAAUCAGCUGCGACAAUUUCGUUAUUUUUUAUGGUAAAAGCUGAUGGAAUUUUACAAAAAUAUCGUUUACGCCACUGGCAACUUGCAUUGAAUGAAUUAAGCGAAACCGGAAAUUAUUCCGAUUUAUUUGUUUUUUAUAUUUACGGCGACCAGAUUGCAAAUGCUGAAAUGGAAAGAGGAAAUUUAAAAUCACUGAAAUUAUUUGCAAUUGGUGCAUUUAUAAUGAUUGUUUACAUCGCAUUUAUUUUACGUAUGUUUUCAAUUAAAAGUAAGAUUUUGCUUACGUUAGCAUCAAUUUUCUCACCUCUAUUAGCAACGAUCGUUUCAUUUUCAUUAGCACAAUGGUUUGGAAUAUCAAUCACAUCAAUUAAUGGCUUUAUACCAUUGCUAAUGAUUGGAAUCGGUGUUGACGAUGCAUUUCUUUUAAUUCAUGCCUGGCAAGACUGCGCUUCAAUUUCAGACAAGCGAAACCGUAUGGCAAGUGUGAUCACUGCAGCUGGGCCAAGUAUAAGUAUUACAACAAUUACUAAUAUUCUUGCAUUUGCUGUUGGCGCAAUUACUGCAUCACCUACGAUGAGUUCAUUUUGCUCAUGUAUGUUAAUAGCAAUUACAUUAGAUUAUAUCCUUGAAUUGACCAUUUUUGCCCCAGUACUUGCUCUUACGACAAAAUUUGAGCGCGGUGAUCAAUCUGAAAAGCGACAAUCAUUUUGCUAUUCGUCACAGUGUUGGAUUUUACUUUCUCGAUUUGUUAUUUCUAAAGUUGGCCUAGUGACUAUUGCUGCUAUGCAAAUAAUUUUGUACAUUGUUGCUACUGUGGGUAUAAUGCAGAUGAAAGCAAACUUUGACCCCACCAGAGCAUUCUUGUCUGACUCAAAAUUAAUUACAUGUGUAGAAAUUGUUAAUUCCAUUUAUCGUGAGUAUGUUCCGACAGUUUUCGUUGUCAACAAUCCACCUGACAUUAGCAACAGUACACAGUAUGAUGAGUUCAUGGAGUUAGUUGACAGACUGGAAGAACUUCCUUCGUCAUACGGAGCAGAGAGGACAUUACUGUGGCUUCGAGACUAUGUCAAAUACCUUGAGAAGAAAAGGAAAAGAUCUGGCUCUCAUAAUACUAAUUUUACCUAUCAAUAUGUACCCGAGUUUCUCACUAGCAAAUUUUUGGCUGAUAAGAAUGUUUUGCAUUAUCAUAUCGUUGAUAGGCAUGUUAUUUCUUACCUAUCCUUGCAUUCAGUUAUCGUUGAUAGCUUUUUAUUCAUAAUGGUUUCAUGCGGGAAAGGUGGAUGGACACGACGAGCUCAUUUCGUCGAUCCAAUUCGAUCUAUUUUGGAUGAAUAUCCACAUUAUAAUGUUACUUUGUUUGAUUACGAUGGAACAAUUUUUGAUCUGAUAUCAAAUGUUAAGCACGAACUGAUCAAAGCAGUAAUAAUUACAAUGGUAUGCAUUAUGCUCAUAUGCUACAUAUUCAUAACAAAAUUACUUUCAACAGUUGUCGCAUCAUUUACCAUUUUCUCAAUAUUCUACUGUUUGAUAGGAAUUUUAAGUUUAAUUGGCCUUGAUUUGGAUCCAAUAACGAUGAUUGUUGUACUAAUUGCUAUUGGAUUCAGUGUUGAUUUUACGGCUCACACAUGUUAUCACUUUUACCACUAUGAUAAUUCGGCACAUAAUUCCAAUAAAUGCAAUGAUUAUCGGACACGAAAACUUGCUGACAUAUACUUUGUCGUUGGUGAACCAAUUGUUGAAGGUGCUGCAUCGACCAUCCUAUGCAUGUUACCAGUGUUUGCAAUUUCAACUGAAUUAAUCAAAUCUCUCGCUAAAACAAUUGUAACUGUAAUAUUAUUAGGUAUUUUUCAUGCUAUAAUAAUAGUACCUGCAAUAUUAUCAUUACGUAUCAAUAAAACGGAUAAGAAUGAAGGAAGCAUUAUGGUAACUAAUCAUAAUACUACUGUCCAAUCAGAAUGUAAAAAUGAAACUGUAAUGUGA